AUGAGUAAUAAUGAAAGCGAUAAUGAUGAUACUUAUAAAUUUUCAGAAGAGCCUAUAUCUUUUGAACUUCCACAAGAAUUUACAUCCUUUAAUUCGAAUUAUGAGGUCAGCAAUAAUGUAUCUGUUAGUUCUAGUAAUCAGCAAUAUGCGAAGUCUAGUUGGGUGUGGAAACAUUUUAAGCAGAGUAAAGAUAGAAUGUACGAUGUGUAUAAAGUCAAGGUAAUGAAUUUAAGUGAUAAAGAAGUUGAGUGUGGUCACAAAUUUAUUCAUGAUGGUAAUACAGAAAAUAUGAGCAGUUACCUUCAAACAAUUGAAUGGUUAGAUGCAACACUACCUUUAUCUGAUAAUUCAGAUGAUAGAGCUAAUAGUCGAAAACUAAAAAAAUUACUUUUAUUACCUCAUAAAUGGGAUUUAUUAAGUUAG